AUGAGUCGAGAACUCGCUUUCAUAUUUCUAUGUUUGGCAGUUUCUGCAGUUGUAGGGAGAGACUCAUCCCCAUCAUUUAAAAUAGAUACUGUCAACAGCCAGUUCUUACUUGACGGAGAUCCAUUCACAUACAUUGCUGGUGAAAUUCAUUAUUUCCGAAUUCCCCAUUUGAAAUGGGAUGAUCGUCUGAAAAGAGUCCGCGCACUAGGUUUUAAUGCGAUUACUGUACCAGUUCCAUGGAAUCUACAUCAGUUCGAUCAGGAUGAAACCCCUGUUUUCUCUGGUAACUUGGAUUUGGUAAAGUUCAUUAAUACUGCUUAUGCUAACAGAUUGUACACCAUCCUGAGAGUUGGACCUUACAUUUCUGCUGAAUGGGACAACGGUGGUCUCCCGUGGUGGUUGAUCAGAAACACGAAGAUUGGAAAAUACCGUAGUAGUGACCCAGCGUUUAUGGCCGAGGUCACUCAAUGGUGGAAACAUCUGCUCGUGAAAGUGGCACCAUUAAUGAGAAAGAAUGCUGGACCAGUUCUGAUGGUGCAGAUUGAGCAUUUCUACGGAGCACUUGGAAUCUGUGAUCAGAUUUAUAUGCUUCAACUUGCAAAUCUUGUUAGAGAAUACUUGGGAAAUGAUGUAGUUCUGUUUACUGUUGAUCCUCCGGUCAUUCAAUUUAUGAGAUGUGGAACUAUUCCUAAUGUACUACCGACAAUUGAAAUUGUACCCACUGCUGUGGACGGAGAAGUUCAAAGUUGGUUUAACAUGCAGAAAGCGUUUAUGCAGGGAGCUCCUGCUGUUGCUUCUCAGUUUAUGAUUAAUCCGUUCAAACUUUGGGGCAAGAAUGUGACUGACCCGUAUUCAAAUGACCUAAUUGUUCAAACUGCAAAGAUAACAACAUCUUACGACUCAUUUGCUCCAAUAUCUGAAGCUGGAGACGUGAAUCAGCUAUACAUUGCUAUCAGAUACUGGAUCAAUAACAUUCCUGGAUGGGCGUAUCCACCAACACCAAUACCCUCAAAUCUUCCAAGAAUUGCCUACCCGGAUGUUCAAUUGACUGUGUUUGACACAAUCUCAGGAUUUAUUUUGGGAGUGAACCCUGAGUGCUGGGCAAGUCCAGAGACACCAAGAACCGCGGAGUACAUUCGACAUGGUUAUGGUUAUAUUUAUUAUAAUACGACAAUCAUAGAAUGCGGACAACUCUACAUACCGACCUUUGCUGACAAUGCAUACGUUUUUUUAAACCAGAACUUUGUGGGUGCACUCUACAAACAAUUCGGUACAAUUCACAAUAACACCAUUGAUGUGCAAGGUUGCUUGGAUCAGUUCAAUUCUUUGGAAAUCAUUGUGGAAAUUACUGGUAGAGCUCAUAACAUGUAUCCUGUUAUGUCUCGAGGAAUCCAAGGAAACGUGUACAUGCAUAACAUCACUCUAGAAAACUGGGAGAGUUGUCAAGUGCCUAUUGAAACAUAUGAAAUCAGCAUGGUCAAAAACUAUGAGAACUUGCAGAAACAUAUCUUUGAGAGCAUGGAUUUUGAAAGAUCACAAUCUGCAGUAACAAGCCAACCAUCUGUUUUUAUUGGAAACUUGCAUAUCAAGACGGAACCAGUUGACACAUUCCUCGACACUAGAGGAUGGGGUAAAGGAGUUGUUACUAUCAACCAGUACAACAUUGGAAGAUAUUGGGCUUCUAUCGGACCACAGCAAACACUCUACAUCCCAUCUGACUUCCUGCACAAGGGUACCAAUCUUAUCAUGUUCUAUGAGUUCGAAGGAGCUACCACUGCUUGUACUGCAACUUCGUGUACUGCUAAAUUCACGAAUCUUCCAAUAUUUGAUUAUUGA